AUGAGCAGCACCGCCUGCGACCCGAACUGGCAGCAUGCCACGUUUGCCUACUACCGAUACCACCCUUCUGUGGGUGCCGCUGCUUUGUUCUGCGUUCUGUUCUUUUUGUCCGGCGUGUUCCACUUUAUACAGAUGUGGAAGACAAGGAGUUGGUAUUUGACUCCAUUGGUAAUCGGCUGUUUUUUUGAGUUCAUUGGAUUCGUGGGUAGAGCGGCAUCUGGAGUCCAAGACGUUGGUUGUUGGACUCUGGGGCCAUACCUUAUCCAGAGCAUGUUUAUCUUGCUUGCACCAGCAUUAUUCGCGGCUUCUAUCUACAUGAUUCUCGGUCGAAUCAUCCUCCUUGUCGAUGGACAAGAACAUUCGAUUAUUAGACCACAAUGGUUGACCAAGAUAUUCGUAACUGGAGAUAUUGUUUGUUUCCUCAUGCUGGCUGGAGGCAGCGGAAUUCUAGCCACGGCAAAGAACAAUCAAUCCAUGUCCCACACCGGCAACAACGUCAUUAUUGGAGGCCUUGUGCUGCAAUUAAUCUGGUUCGCCAUUUUCGUCGUCGUCGCAGGCGUGUUCCACUAUCGAAUGCGGUCGAUCCCAACGGCUCGCUCACAACAACCGGAGGUCCGCUGGCAAGUCUACCUCCAGACUUUAUACGUUUCUGCUAUCUUGAUAAUCAUUCGAAAUCUAUUCCGUGUUAUCGAAUACGUCGAAGGAAAUGAUGGGUAUCUGCUUUCCAGGGAGGCCUUUAUUUACAUUUUUGACGCUCUCCCAAUGCUGAUCGUUGUAUUUUGGCUUCACUGGAGACACCCGGGAGAGAUUGGUUUACUGAUGCGUGGAGAGAAGGCGUUCAAGAAUGGGUUUCAACUAAUCAAUGUCGGAGGCCGGAGCUGA